AUGUACAUUACGAGCUGUCCGCCUGACUCGAAGCACGGGCAAGACUGGGUAAACGUCUUCGACGUCUUGGGAGUCGCCGGGACGCCAACAUACGAGACCCUUAAAGACCGCAAGUAUGGCACCAACGUUCUCAACGAGACACUGCGUCUGCACCCCGCCGUACCGUUGAACAUGCGCCAGGCGCUACAAACCACGAUGAUCUCCGGCGCCCCAGGCGAGCCCGAUAUUGUGCUUCUCAAUGGGGACACGGUGACCAUCCACACACUGGGGAUACACGGCCGCAGAAACCUGUAUCUAGUCGUGUCUGACCAGUUUGCGGACCCCGCCGUCUUCAUCCCGAUCUGCGUCGGUCAGAACUUCGCCCUGACGGAGAUGGCUUUCUGCCUUGUCCGUGUUGCGCAGCGCUUCGAGAGAACCGAGUACCGUGAUGAAUAG